AUGACCACAAACAAGGUCUUUGCGACGCUCCUCACCAAACAGUCUUAUCUCGCCGGCACCCUUGUUCUCAAUGAAGGGCUGCGGGAAUCCGGCUCCAAAUAUCCACUCGUGGUAAUGGUUACACCAGAACUGCCUCAAAUCGUUGUUGAUGUCCUCAAAAAAUGUGGCAUUAUUGUCCGAACUAUCCAACCUCUGCGCCCCGAGGAAGGCGUCAAUACUCUAGUCGACGCGCGGUUCCAAGAAACUUGGACAAAACUUCGAGUGUUUGAGCUGGAAGAAUUCGAGAGAGUAGUACUGCUAGACUCGGACAUGCUCGUUAAGAAAAACAUAGACGAUCUAAUGGACAUCUCCCUUGUCCCCGGUGGUAUCGCGGCUGUGCAUGUGUGUGCUUGCAACCCUCGCCGGUUUCCCCACUACCCUUCAGACUGGACUCCGGAAAAUUGCGCUUUCACAGCCGUUCAAACCCCCACCAGCAAGCCGCCAAUACCUUGCGACGACCCACGUCCCUAUGGUCAGCUCAACUCGGGCACCGUCAUCCUUCAGCCGUCGCGCGCUCUGGCUAAACAGCUCUAUGACUUUUUGGCAGCUGACCCGAGAGUCUCGACCUUUACCUUCCCUGAUCAGGACCUUCUCACUGCCUUCUUCUCUGGAAAAUGGACGGCGCUGCCCUGGUACUACAACGCCUUGAAAACAUUACGUGUCAUUCACGAACCAAUGUGGGAUGAUGAUGCUGCCCGCAUUGUGCAUUAUAUCCUCGCUGACAAGCCCUGGAAAUCGAGGACAUCACAGUCGCAAGAAUACGAAGUGGUCAAUAGCUGGUGGUGGACCCAAUACGAUAGGUUGAGUCGGCGACUUGCAUUGGAAGACGAGGAAGUUUUCAACCUGCUUUCAUCGACUGUGGGCGCGUAG